AUGCCACCACCAACUUCCACUUCCACUCAAGCCACCACCGCCUCUUCUCAAACCACUCACAGAAACUGGGUCCGAGCAGCUGAGACCACUCUCCAACGCUUGCAAGCCGAUAUCGACGACGUCCACCGGCAGACCCUGGCCAUGAAUACGGCCAAUAGUACCACUUCUGACAGCGAUGACGAUGACGCCUCCUCUCACAAAGGCUCAACCCGGGCUCAGACUUGCAGCUUGGGUGAAUUGUCCAUCGUAGACCGUAUUCCGGAAUUCAACUUUCGCAUCAUGCGAUUGCUGCUGCAGGUCUGGCAUGUGGAGCUGAACGGCCUCUGUGAAGAGCAUAUGGGAAGCCUGGGAUUGAGGAUUAUGAUGACGGUGCAUGAUUGGGAGACGUUGAAAGAUUCUAUCAGGGAGGAUGUUUGA